AGCGACAUACAUUAAUGUCGGAUUAGACCGGUUUGCAUCAUAUUGUCUUUCGAGCACAGCUGCUGGCAGUUUCAUUAUCCAUCCAGAAGAAGCGGUUCUUAUUCGGCUCGGGUUUCAGAUUUAGGAGAAGGUGAGCACAAGGGAGUAAAACGCAGCCGGCUUUUAGGUCAAUUUUCAACGGACUUCCGCCUAAAUCAACUGACACAGUUUUGCUGCCAGCGUGAAGUAGGCUGUGUGGCUUGACACCUUUGACUACGAGUGACACCUUUGCUUAGUGUAAUUGUGCUGAGAAGCCAUGCAGCGAGUAUCUUGCUGCGACCACUUUACAGAUGCUCACGGAACUGACAACAGCACUGCCAAAGCAACAUCCUUAACCGCCGUGUGAAGCACGAACUUGUGUUCGAUGUAAUCAUCGACAGAACGAAGACCUGCAGGUGCCGGCACGCCCCUGUUUAGCAUUAACGGUGAAACACACAAAUAUUGUCCAAAAAAUAUUGCCAAGAAAGACUGGACUUCAAGCGCAGUAUUGCAUCAGGAAUUGUUGACCGCGCGGCGCAAUUAACGGUUUUACUCCACAAGGAUAUGGAAGGAGAAGAAAGACGUGCGUAGUGGUUGUUCAUCGGAUGUGGUGGGGUGACAUUGCGUGAUUCACAACUAGUGUCACGAGUCGUGGGAGUACUUGCUGGGUUCCUUCUGUGUGAAUUAUUCAACAUGAGGUUUGCAAUUCGUUUACUGCAAGCCUUCAAGCAAAAUGCCACGGUGACUUAUGAUAAGUAUGCGGUGUUCAGUCCGUCGCCGCUGUCACUCAAACAGCUUUCGGAGUUCGGAUCCAAAUCAGGAUCUCUGACUGCAUCCUAUCAGUUCCUGCGGAAAGAACUACCAGUCCGUCUAGCAAACAUCAUGAAGGAGAUCAGUCUUCUGCCAGACAACCUUCUACACAUGCCCUCUGUUACGCUGGUCAUGAGCUGGUAUGAACAAAGCUUUCGAGAACUGAUUCAGUUUGAGACUAGCCCAACACCAGGAGAGGAUAUUCUACAGAAAUUCACGGACACUUUAGUUCAUAUAAGGAACAGGCAUUCUAAUGUUGUGGAGACCAUGGCACAGGGUAUUCUUGAAUUGAAGGAAGCUUAUGGUAUAGACCACAACACAGAAAACAGAAUACAGUACUUCUUGGAUAGGUUUUACAUGAGUCGCAUCAGUAUACGAAUGCUGAUAAAUCAACACACCCUUUUAUUUGGGAACCAGUUAGCAAGUCAUCCACGUCAUAUUGGGUGCAUAGAUCCCCACUGUAAUGUCCGACAUGUUGUGGAAGAUGCAUAUGAAAAUGCUCGGUUCCUAUGUGAGCAGUACUACUUAAUAGCUCCAGAUCUCAACAUUGACUGUAAAAUUGUCGGUGAAACAACAGCCAGUGGCAUUCACAUUGUCUAUGUUCCAUCCCAUCUAUAUCACAUGCUCUUUGAGCUUUUCAAGAAUGCCAUGCGAGCAGUAGUAGAGAACAACCCUACAGCAUCUGAAGUUCCUGCUCUUGACGUCAUGAUCUGCAAGGGCAUGGAAGAUCUGACUAUUAAGCUCUCAGACAGAGGCGGUGGAAUACCACGCUCCAAGUUGGACUUAUUGUUCCAGUACAUGUACUCCACUGCACCACAGCCUUCACGCUCUGACUCGUGUUCUGCACCACUGGCUGGUUAUGGCUAUGGUCUUCCUCUUUCUCGACUCUAUGCGCGUUACUUCCAUGGAGAUCUUGUCCUUAGUUCAAUGGAAGGCUAUGGCACAGAUGCUCUCAUUUAUCUGAAGGUCAUGUCGGAUGAGGCUAAUGAGAUGCUUCCAGUUUACAAUCGCACGGCUUCUCGAUUUUAUUCCAAAGACAUCCCGGUCAACGAUUGGAGCUCACCACAGACCUGGUCCUCCAUGCAUAACACACAUAGUCGAACAUUUGGCACAUUUGCUGUGAAUCGUCAUUGACAAGACAUUUGGAUAUGUUUGUUACGGCUGGUCCAUUGAAAGAAGCUGGGAAAUAAUUAUUACAUUAGUCAUUGAAAGACUUGUGGAAAUAACCAUUGAAGGAUAUUUUGACGUUGGAGCCAUUUGACAUGUUGGCAUAGUAUAUCAUUUAUAGCAAUGGGCAUCCAAGACACAGCUUUAAUGAAACCUUCAGCACAUUAAGCUUGUCAUCAAUGGGAAUAAAGUUGGCUCUGUUGUGGUGGUCUGGUCAAAAGAUUCUGACUUUGAAUACAAAGCAUGUUUUUUCAUUGCUUUUAAAGAUUAAUGUCUGCACACAAAAUCGGAGAUUUUAAUUUUUUUCAUGGUUAGUCUUUUAAAGGGAUAUUCUGACAUUAUUUUAAACGCUGUGUGCAUAAUGCAAACAGAAUGUGCUUGUGUGUAUGUGCAUCCAUAUAUUCAAUUGGUGUACACCUUGCCUCCUUGUAUGGAUGUAUAACUGCAUGCAUCUACAAAGUGUAUGUUGUAUGUGCACACAUAUCAAGUAAAAUAAUUUCCAAACUAGCUAUUUUUUGUAAUCACUUCAGCCUUUAAUUUCAUAGACUAAAGAUUAAAUAUAGAAUGGACUACCUCAACUUCUAAAAUGAGGGCUUUGUGAAUGAGUUGGUUUUGAUGUUGACAUGAAGGAGGAAGAGUAGACAAUGUAAUCUCUUGUGUUGACGGAGGAACAAAAGCUCAAGUUUUAUGAUUUGCUGUGUUUUCAGUUUAUUGGCUUUACGAGGGAGAGUAGAGACUGACAAUUGUAAAAAAGUACUAUAUAACAGUCACUUAGCAACAGACUUAUAGUAAACAUGCUGUUGACAUAAAAAAAAUUUUGGUGGGGGUUCCAUCCUCAACUUUGCUGUAGUUGUGGAUGUUGGUUGUCAAACCCUUGCUAAGAUUUCGUGAGAGGCCAAACAUUGGUUCUGGCACACCACCAGCAGUCCAUCUUUAUGCAUGGUCUGUGCACAGACUUCCCAGUUUAACACCAGAAAUAAACUGGUGAAUGUAUUCUAUUGUCUGCAUGUGUAGGCAUAUCUGCAAAAAUGUGAUUACAUGUGUUGAAGAUAGUCCUUGCCCCAAACCUAGCUUUUUGUGAUAUUAACUGGUGAUCUAUUUGAGAAAAACAUUUUUUAAAAAAGAUUCCCAGUCAAACAACACUUUAAAAUAUACAUGUAAGCUUUUGAGUCCAUUGAGAUUUUAACUAAGUCUUGUCCUUUAUUCCUUGUUGCACUUGUUUUUUGGUUUAAUUUUUGUAACAUUGACGGGUGAUAAUGUUUAAAACUGAUGUGAUGUUUUGAGAACUUUAGAAAAUAAGGUGUAUAUUUCAUUUCAGUAAAUAAUGAUUUGUUGAUUAAGUUAUUAAGAUUAUUCGGUUAAAGGUUGUGAAGUGGCCUAAACCUGAAGUGUGUGCAUGUGUAGAUGUAGAAGUGUGCGUGAUUAAAGAGUAGAUGUAGGAAUUGGUGAAUGUAUAUGCGUGUCAAAAAUAAACCUACAAUGGUCUCGCAUGUGUCCUACCAUUUCAUUCCUGUCAUAUACAAACCAGAUAUUGUUACUUAUCAGUGUUAUUUGUUUAAUUUAGAAGGGUCAUUAUAAUGCCUAAAAAUCCAGUCCUGCCAAAUUGAUUCAAUGAAAGACUUGGUGUGACUGAAGAAUUUAGAAAAAUUCUAUUUUUCAUGAAAGGGAGAGAAAUGGUUCAAGUGCCUGCUAAUCUUCUAGUGUCUGAUAAGAUGACAUUCAGGUUGUUGGCUUAAGCUGAGUUUCAAAUUGGAAGGUCACUAUUACAGUUGUGUUUUGAGCUCUUAUAUGACUAUAACUUGUAAUAGUUUUUGAAGAAAGAAAAUCAUCUUUUGAGUUUUGCAGUCUGCUGCAUACACAUUCAUCUGUCACACUCACCAAUGUUCACAUCUGUCAUAAUGAUAAUUGCUUUUCAAUAUGAAACCCGAUUGUGGACCAGCUGGUUCUAAACAUUUAGUGACACAGGGUUGUAGAUAUUUUGUACAUUUAUUUCUUCUUUUGGGCAUCUUCUUUUGUUGUUUCUGAAGUAAAAUUACCACAUUUAGUGCUCAAAUUUUUAAAAUCAAAGUCUAUCAUCUUACAUCCAAUUUAUAACUCUGUUAAAAGUUUUGAUUUUGCAAUCAUCCACACAUUUUUUUAAUAUUCUUAGACUUGUCCUAGAUCUUGUAUGCUCUGAUUCUCUCUGUUUUGCAGCUAUUCAUUGUAAACUGAAAAAACUGCUCAGAUUAAAAUAUGAAAGACUACCACUCUCAUAGUUGGAUGAAAGAUUUAAAGGAAUCAUUGUUGUAUUGCAUAAUUUUAUCUUCUAACCUGUGCUGGCUUUUAUGUGGGAUCAGUUACAUAACAUAGUUUUUCUCUUUGGAAUAUGACUUGCUAUGUUUCUCUUGUUUACAUGUUUUUGAAGUCAGUGCUUGGAAACCUGUAUUAGAGACCAAAGCAGAGGAGUUUAAUUUUGAUAUUUGAAGUGAUUUUUGUCAUUUGAUGUUAAAUGGGGCAUAAUUAAAAUUGUAACCUUGUCUAAAUUUUGUUUAUAUAUUGCUUUGUUAGAAAACUGUAAUUAAGAAAUGUGUUAAAGUUUAUCAACUUUUAGUAGGGGUUUUACAGAGAGAUAGUCCAAUUAUAAUGCAGAUAAAACUGUCCCACAGAUCUAUCAUUUGUUUUCAUGAAUUACAGACAAAUGUAAUGAAA